AUGUCGGAGAAAGAAGACACAUAUCAUUGGGGUUUAAUCGUCGGGCCUAAAAAGGAGGUUGAAGAUUCACGAGGAACACGUUUUCACGCUAAGGAGUUUUUGUCCACCUCGACUAGAAAAUCCGAAUUCAAGUACGAGGAGGUGUCUAUACCUCUUCUAGCAACGCAAAUGCUUUUGGUGCGAGUGAUGAUUGCGAAGAUAGAAAAUCACGAACGCAUGUUGCAAAUACUACGGGCAAUCCCCAUUAGGAAUAAGGAGGACGGUUGGAAUUGUGUGGGGUGGGUGAGAGAGGCAUUGGUUGAGUUGCAAAAUGAUGGGAAAACUUUGGGCACCGCUGUAAUUGAAUGGGCUAAGGUUAGAGACGCGGCGAUGAACUAUUGUCAGAGGAAGAAGGACGAGCAUCGAUUUGAUGGGGUGGUUGAAUGGAAGACGGAUAAAGCUGCAACAUUUGAUUUGAUCGAUGAGAAGGAGGUGAUACCUUAG